AGCUUGGAGCAACCAUCAUAGAGCCCACUGGUUCUUGGCGGGAUGGCUUCUCUUCAUCUACUGCUCCUCUGCCUGGCUGGACUGGUAUUUGUGUCUGAGGCUGGCCCUGUGGGCACUGGUGAAUCCAAGUGUCCUCUGAUGGUCAAGGUCCUAGAUGCCGUCCGAGGCAGCCCUGCUGUCAAUGUGGCUGUGAAUGUGUUCAAAAAGGCUGCUGAUGGGACCUGGGAGCCAUUCGCCUCUGGGAAAACCAGUGAAUUUGGAGAGCUCCAUGGGCUCACAACUAACGAAAAGUUUGUAGAAGGGAUAUACAGAGUGGAAUUAGACAGCAAAUCCUACUGGAAGGCACUUGGCAUUUCCCCCUUCCACGAAUAUGCAGAGGUGGUGUUCACAGCAAAUGACUCUGGCCCACGCCAGUAUACCAUUGCUGCUCUGCUCAGCCCCUACUCUUACUCCACCACAGCCCUUGUCAGCAACCCCAAAGAAUGAGACCCCUUCUUUGGCUGAUCUGAAGGAGGAGAAAUGGGAUUUCAUGCAACCAAUAGUAUUCCAUUUUUAUUAAAGCAGUGUUUUCACUUUAUAAGCUAUGUUAGAAACUCAGGCAAAGACAAUAAAACAUUCUUAUUAAAGCACUUCUCAUU